UUUCAUCCAUCGAGUAAUUAUAACACAGCCACAGUGUUAUGCAACGAACGGCCUUUGACGUGAAGCCGAAGUAUGUAAUUACGCGACAUCGCGUCCGAUUAUCCUACUUCCGUCCGGCCUGUUACGAUAAAUCAUUAUUAAUUGUUUCCGGUACGCGCCGGAUGUAUACUGCCAGCUACUAGAAAAGUAGCCCCCCUUGCUUUGUUGCUCAUUCACGCAGAGAAAAACACCUGCAGACGGCGAUGUCUGAGUUCGACACGAGACUAGAAAACUGGUGUCGUCGUCUCAUUGAAGCUUACGUGGAGGAAGACGCAACGACAACAGAGACGGGCAUUACGGCCAAGGGAAACGGAAAGCUGGCGUCACGUCAGCCGCCACUGCAGAAAAAGACGGAGAGCGAAGCUGCGGGAGGCGACCGAGCGAAGGAAGCAGAGGCUGCGGGCUACGCCGGCGGGACGGAGCCCGAAUGCGCGGUGAGAGAACGCGUCGCGCCCUCCGACGAACUCCUUCAACUGAUUGACUCGGUCCGUGACCCCCCAGCGGCAAGAAGGGGCGGAGUAGGAAGAGGGGACGAGAGAGCCGAACCAGUGGGAGAACCCCUCGUGGUGCCUCAGUCGCUCCCUCAGGCCAUGAAAACAAACAUUUACAGGGUUACCCGCCAUGAGUUCGUGGAGCUGUACGGGAUGGAAGCGGGUCUGGCGCAGGUGGAAACGGGGAGCCUCAGCCGCUGCGAACUCAUCGCGAUGUACAUGAAAAGCUUCCGCAACAUCCUCAACUACGACUUGCUGGAGCUUCGCGAGCACGAAACGUACUUCGGUCGUUUCGUGGGCUACUGUACGCACGUCCUUCACGACCUAGUUGACGCUCUAUUUCCAGACAACACCCACAUGAACAUGGAGCAGACUCUGAUUGGAGAGCUAAGAGCUGCGACAAUGAUAAACGGAACUCCGAAGAAACCGACGUCUUCGUAACAAAUCCAACUUAACACACAGGAUUUUACCGAAAACUCAAUGCUAUUAUAUCCAGAAAAAUGCAGUCUCACAGAAUAUUUGCGCACACUUGCACAUGCAGACAAUCAACUAUCCUAAUAAUUCAUCUGUUCGUGUUUGUUAUUGCUGUAUUACUUACAUACAACUCUGGAGUCCUAUUGCUUGCCAUUCAUUCACUUUUUUGCACUUGAUUUUUCAGCACUCAGUCAUUCACAGCAAUCUUUCAUAAUAAUAUUAUGAUCAAUCAUUAUCGACGCCCAAAAUGAAACAACAAACCGUGUGCUAGCACUUACAGUUACGUUCAUGCUCAAAAUUUGGUGAUAUACAUGAAUGAUGACUUGUAUUGCAAAAGUGUUCCAAAAAUCAAAACAUGCUAUUAGAUGGGCAUCUGAUUUAAGUUUACCAGCUAGCUAAGUGUGGAAGCAUAAAAACUGAUUUUCAUUAUGAUUAAGUAAUUAGGUACGCAAUUGUGUAGUGAAGACAUUUUCGAGCCUAUAGGUGUCCACGAAAAAACAAAACACACAAAGCCUGAGUGCCGUUAAUUGGUAUAAUUAUACAUGGAUCUGUGAGUGGAAUGAAAAAUAUGAUUCAGUCUGCUAUAUAUAGCUGCAAAAGUGUCUGUUGAAUACGUAACGCACACGGAUUAGAGCUGCCAAUUUGGAACAUCGCAAGAGAAUUGUAUCAGCAGUUCUAUAAAUAGUUGUUGUAUUAGAGUUCUCCGAUAUCUGGGUACUUAUUAUUGCGACGAGCACUUUCAAUCUUAUAGAGGACCGGAUCAAGUCGAAAUUUGACCGUUUGAAGAGGAAUGGACCCGAAGAAGCUCUGAAAAACGUUGAUACAUUCGUUUCUCUCAAGGUAAUGUUGAGGGUCGCUCCAAAGGCUCUCUUCUGGUGUACACGACGGACACUUGAAUUUCUUUCUUGGGCUCACCU